UGUUGCGCAACAUCUGUUGGGGAUUUAGGCUACGGGUGAAAUAUGAUCUCGAGCGAAUCAACAGGGAACUAAUGCAUUCUCUGUGUUCCUUUUAGAUUGAAUUUCAUUAUUUAAAAAAAAAAGUAUAAAACGUAAAAUGGACCAGUGUGGGUGUUAGGCUACUGGUGUCGAUCCAAGCCCAACACGCCCAGGCAGACAUAGAAAAUACACAGCAUUGGGGAAAGUGUAGAACGCUUUGUGGGCGUGUAGCUGAUAAGGUGUGUUUCAUCAAACUGAAACUGUCGGGAAAGUGGGAAAUCAGUGUUUGGGACUUUGGCCGCGAGGGCAUUCGUGUUUGACACAACGCGUUGACUGGAGAUUGAAUAGAACCCAGGUGGUGUAGAUCUCGACAACACAGGUGGGCUGGCUCGGAGAAAACAGAUACAUUUUCUUGCGCUGAUCCUGCUUCGACCCUGAACAGCAGAUGACUGAAGGGGGCCACAAUUCCUGUUCUGAAACCUCACAUUCCAGCGAAAGGAUGGGCGAGACGGCUGUGAAAGACGAUGGGACGGUCACCAGAUCAGCGGAGUAUGUGGGAUCCUUUCCCAUUGAUGACUGCUGUUUGGAUGACCAGAUCCAGCAACUGCAUCGACAGCUCAAGUCUCUCAAGACAUGCAAGCGAAGGAGAGCCGUGUCCCUCAAGUUCUCCAUCCAUGGCGUGAAGAUGUAUGAUGAAGACGAGACGACCCUCCUGAUGGCCCAUGCACUGUGUCGAGUGUCUCUCUCCACCGCCCGCCCCUCCGACGCCCAGUUCGCCUUCAUCUCCCACAACCCUGGCCCAGACGGACAGCUCUACUGCCACCUAUUCAAUGCCAGGCACGCCAGAGCGGCCCAGUUCCUGAACCUGCUGCUCUGCCGCUGCUUCCAGCUGUCCUACCUGGAGAAGCACCCUGAGGAGUCCCAGGAGGUGCCUGCAGGACCCCUCCCCCGUCGCAAACCCUCCCUCCUCAACCAUGGCUUGCCCCUCAGUGUCAGCGCCCUGGUGUCCUUCAGACGAGCCCCGACCAGCGGCCUGCUGACUUGGGAGAAGGUGUUUUCAAAGCCCUCGGAGGAACCUCCGAGCAAACACGAGGACGUGUUCACCUCCUCUCCGUCCUUGGUGCGCUGCAAGGCCAUCCGCAACAAGGUCCUCCGCUCGGGGGCCUACCGCUCCUUCACCUUCACGCCCCUCAAACAGCGGCUCGCCCAGGAGCGCCUCAACUCGCCGCAAGAAAAUGCUCAGGACAAAAUGCCAGUCCGGAGGAGUCGUGCCCCCAGCUUAGCUGAGACAGAAGAAGCCCUGGCACAGGCAGUGUGGUGCUGGGCUGGCAUCUCCACUGACAGCAGCUCCACCCUGCUACUGGAGGAUGUGCUAGGCUCCUACCUCCUCUGCCCCCACCCCAAGAGGCCUGGCUGUGGCUCCCUCACCUUCCGAGCCCCCCUGGGCCUGGCCAUUCACGCCCUGGAGAACACCCCCAGAGGGACAUACCUCCUGGAGAAAUGCCCCACAGAAUUCAGCUCCCUGGCGGCCUUGAUAGACCACUACACAGAGCUGCAGGGAGAGCUGGAGUGUUCUCUGAGCUGUGCCCGUGUGAACCACUGCUAUGAGUGGGACGAAAACACAGGCCACAAGGCCCAGACUGUCAGACAACACACUGGCCCCAAGAGGAACACUACUAAAACUUCCCCGCGGAAACAAUGGGUUUAAAUAUCCACCGUCUUUUAGUUUGCACUGAGAUGUGGUGACUCACUUCACUUUACUUUGGAAAUCUUCACUUUACUUUAUUUAGAUGGGGCUAGAUGGGGGAUAAUUUACAGAUGCUAGUUAAUCAAGUAUUAACUGAUUUUCUUUUCUUUCUUUUUUUACUGGGUGAGGGGUUGGUCGUGGAUGUUUGUUAAUAGUUGUUUUUAUUUGUUCUAUGGAUUAUCUUUAAGGGGAGCCUCUAAAUGUUGUUGACCCUGGUUUGUUUCUUUACUUGGAGCACUUUGGGUAAUGUUGAGAGACUUAUAUGGGAACAUUGAUGAAAAGAAACAACAAAUUAUGUAUAUAUAGUUUGAGAAACACUCUUACUUUUUUGUGUUUUCUCUGGUUUUAAAUAGUAACUUACUUACUUUAAUCAUAAUUUUUUAAUUCAUUCAAUGUGCAAUUAGUGUGUCAGAAUUUCCUGAUAAAACUGUUUAAGCACUUGGAAUUGGUGUUGCCAUUUCCCAAGUGUGUAUAUAUUUUUAUACUUUUAAUAUUACUUGUGAAUUCAAAGUGUCAUUUUUACUCCUAGAUAAAGGUCAAAAGCUUUCAAUGGACAACGUUGAAUGCCGGUAGCACAUAUUUUCAUGACAAAAGUAUUAAUAUUAACGUUUGUCAAUGGAACUGCAUUUUGUGAAAUCAUUUCAUGACUAUUUGUGUAUUUCACUGCAUAAAUUCCAAUAGGUCUAUAACUAAUCCCUGUCUUUUGUGUGUAAUCGUUUUGUUAUCAAUUAAUAUAGUUUUUUGUGCAUGGAUCUAA